CUAGUUCGCCAAGAACAUCCCACCCACCACAACAGUCAACACGAGAUCACACCAAGCAUGGACAAAAGCACGAUAGAAGGACUGGCCAAGAAGCUCCAGGACUUGGGAUUACUCGAGAAGCAAGCACUAGACACCGCCAGGAACGUACCACUGGCCACCCAAUACAUCAGUUUCAUCGAGUCACCCACAGCCUCCACAGCCUCCACUCCGAUCGACAAGUCAAAAGCCAGCCUGUUGCUCAGAUGGUCCACCGUCGUCGUCUCCAAGCUUAAGGAUAAAUCAACUGAAAGGAAACAGAUCGGCGCCCAACAUAUUCUGAAUGGCAAUCUGGCUUCCCCUGCCCAAGUCGAUGCCGCACUCGAAUUUUUAUCCGUUGGAGAUGGAACGGUCGAUGAAGAGCUCUUCAAGCGAGAGUGUGGCGUAGGCAUUUCGAUGACUAAAGAAGAGGUCAAAGCGAUCGUUAUGAAGUACGUGGCAAGUUCAGAGAAGGCGAAAGAAUCGAAAUGGGCAUCACUAGGAAAGACGACGGGAGAACUGAAAAAGCUGGCAGUUCUGAAAUGGUGCAAUCCGAUCGACCUCAAGAGCUCGGUAGACGAGAGUUUCCUAGAGCUCUUUGGCCCCAAAGAUGCCCAGCCGACUUCCACAGCCUCCUCCAAACCUGCCCUAACUACCAACCCAAAAGCCAAGAAGAAUGUCGGCUCAGAUUCGAAUCCGACUGCUCUUUCCGCAUCCAAAGAGACGUCCGCGGCCGCUGAACCUCCUAGCAUCUUCGAGGUCGGAAUGUUGAGCCAACUCUAUCCUCCCGGUGGGAACCCUCAAAAAGAUCCGAAACUCACCCAGGAUCAUCUGAAGACUACCGGCGGAAAAGUCGUCACUCGUUUCCCUCCAGAACCCAAUGGAUUCCUUCACAUUGGACACUCCAAGGCGAUAGCGAUCAACUUUGGAUAUGCGGCCCACCAUGGCGGAAAAUGCAUAUUGAGAUACGACGACACCAAUCCAGAAGCGGAGGAACAGAUAUACAUUGACUCGAUCCUCGAUAUCGUCCGGUGGCUCGGCUUCGAACCCGCUCAAAUCACUUACUCUUCUGAUUACUUUGGAAAACUUUAUGAGUUGGCUGAGCAAUUGAUCCUGAUUGAUAAAGCUUAUGUCUGCUUUUGUACCGGUGCGGAGAUCAAAGCCAACCGAGGAGGAGAAGAACGAGGUCCCCGAAAAGCCUGCGUCCAUCGCACCUUGCCGGUCGAGACCUCCUUAGCAGAGUUUCGGAAGAUGAGAGACGGCCAUUAUCAGCCGAACGAGAUCAUCCUGCGGAUGAAACAGGACCUGGAAGAUGGCAAUCCACAGAUGUGGGACCUCGUUGCUUAUCGGGUCCUUAAUGCCUCUCACCAUCGCACUCGAGACCAUUGGAAAAUUUAUCCUACUUAUGAUUUCACCCAUUGUCUGGUCGAUAGUUUUGAGAAUAUCUCUCAUUCACUCUGUACGACCGAAUUUAUCCAGUCGCGUGUUAGUUACGAAUGGCUGUGUCAUGCGCUGAAUGUUUAUACACCGCGACAAACGGAAUACGGAAGGUUAAAUUUGGAAGGCACGGUGAUGUCGAAGCGAAAGAUCAUGAAGCUGGUGAACGAAGGUCACGUAGAAGGCUGCCCCGUCCCGUUCUGUACACAUUGAUAGCAUUACGACG